UAUAGGAAUCCUUUAAUUUCCCUUAUUACAUUAUAAAAACCCAAUGCCAAAAACAAGAACAAAUAGAAAAAAAACUAUACACCUAGAUCAGAUGAUGGAUGGAUGGACUGAUGGGUUUUAUGAGUGUCCCAAAAAAAGGUAAAAGAUAUACACACUGAUAUAUAAUCACAUAUCAUAUAUAAUCAUAUACCCUUCCCUAACUAUACAUAAUCAGAGAAGGGAUCACAAAAUGCAAACAGACCCAAUUUGUAAAAUAUAAAUAUUUAAAAAAUGUAUAAAAUAUUUUGAAGCAUGCGAAAAAAUAAUUUUAAAAGUCCUUUUAAAUAACCCUUGUGUGGAUAAAAGUGUAUUUUUCCACAUAAACACAUUGGCAGAGUCUAAAACAUGACAAUAACUGACAACACGGGUAAAAAAAAGAAAAGGUCAUAUUUAUGAAGUGAGCAGUGAAGGUAAAGAUUGUUGACAUCAAGUCCAUAAUCGUCCUGUUGUCUAUAUCUCUGAUUAUAAAACCUGCUUUUCAGUUCAGACAGCAGGGGGCAGCAGAGAUCCUGCGACCACAGCAGCACACACGUGUUUAAUCCAUUACCAAAAUAAAUCGAUAAGAAGCAGAAAAUCCUCACAUGCUGUCAUUUUCCAGACGCUUUUAUACAGAGAGACUUUCACACGAUGGACAUGAUCAAUUACAAAUGUGUAUUUGCAUCAAUCGCGGGGCGUGCGUGGUGUUACAUCAGAGCUGCUCUGUGAUGUUGUAACAAUCCUAUGGCCCUGCCCUAUAGCUACAGUAAGCAGCACAAACGUCACGUUCUCCGCUGCCAUUUGUGCGCGUCUGCUCCAGAUUUCACGUCGUGCGGGGAAGCAAGAUUCCACCGGCAGCUGUUGCAAAACUUCCUCAUCCUGCGCGUAAACGUGGAUCAGAUCUUGCCUCCAGCUGAUGCGCACGCCCGAGUUUGAUGCUGGGAGCCUGCGCGCAGAAACUUGGUUGAAAUGGUCCUCCUCCGGUUGAACGUGCAUGACUGAGGGCUCGCGUGCAGUCAGGUGGCGGGAAGAUGAUGAAGCGCGGUCUGUGCGUAAUUCUGCUCCACCUGUGACUUAUUGACCGUGAGGCGCGCCGCAGCCUCGCGGUCACACUAACUCAGUUUUCGGGCGGGUAUAAAGCCAAACACCUUCCCGUCUCCUCUCCACGUGGGAAAGCCUGUCUCCAGUUCUGCCUCCACGACCAUCCCCUCUGAAAAACCAACCAACAAACAAUGAAUUUCGAUCAGAUCCUCGCGGCCAUAGGAGGUUUCGGCAAAUACCAGAAGAUCUUGUACAUAUGGAUCUGUCUGCCUCAGAUCCUGCUCGCCUUCCACAUGAUGGUGAGCAUCUUCACCGGAGCCACGCCGCCACACCAAUGCAGGGACAGCUUCAGCACAGGAGCCGGGAAUCAGACCCUCAACCUCAGCCUCCCGGACGCCUCCUGCUUCUCCGCGGACGCGCUGCCUCCGGGCAAUCGGACAGAGCGCGUCCCGUGUGGCCGCGGAUGGGUCUACAGCAGUGAGGUGUUUGAGAGCAGCACCGUCACAGAGUGGGACCUGGUGUGCAACAGAGCCGGACUGAACAGCCUGGGAUCGUCGGUUUACAUGUCGGGGCUGCUGGUGGGCUCUGUGGUGUUUGGAGCUAUGGCUGACAGGUAUGGUCGACGGUUCGUCCUCCUGCUGUCCAUCGCUCUGCAGACUGUCUUCGGGGUCGCUGUGGCCUUUGCCCCCAACUUCCCGGUCUACGUACUUCUUCGCUUUGCAGUUGGAACAACCAUAUCGGGAGUCAUCAUCAAUGCUUUUGUUCUUGGUACUGAGUGGACGUGCACCAAAAGGCGCAUGCUGGCUGGCAUAAUCACAGACUACACGUUCGGUCUGGGCUACAUGCUCCUGGCGGGAGUGGCGUACCUGAUCCGAGACUGGAGAAAACUGCAGCUGGCCAUAUCCGCCCCAGGGUUCCUGCUUAUCUUUUACAUUCGGGUGCUGCCACAGUCCGCCAGGUGGUUGCUGGCCAACGACCGGACAGAGGAGGCCAUCGCGCUCCUCCGCAAAGCAGCGCUGGUGAACGGCCGGGUCCUACCUCCAGCUGUGCAGGUUGAGAAGUGGGAGAUUUUAGGCGGAUCAAAGCGAAGUCACUCGGCUGUGGAUCUGGUCCGGACGCCACAGAUGAGAAAGAGGACAGUGAUCUUGUUCUACAUCUGGUUUGUAAAUGUUCUGGUGUAUUACGGGCUCUCCCUUGGUGUAUCCAGGCUGGGCACCAACCUCUACAUGACCCAGUUUGUCUUUGGGUUGAUUGAGAUCCCGGCUCGCUCUUUGGUUCUCAUCUUCCUGCCCUUCAGCCGCAGACUCAGCCUGAGCGGCUUCCUGGCCGUUGGGGGGCUGGCCUGUUUGCUCAUGCUCACCGUCCCUGAAGAUCAUCCCAAUGUCUUGACUGGUCUGGCAAUGGUAGGGAAGUUCGGUAUUACAGCUUCUUUUGCCAUCAUCUAUGUGUAUACAGCUGAGAUAUUCCCCACUGUGGUAAGGCAAACAGGAAUAGGUGUUUCCAGCAUGUUUGCCAGGAUGGGCGGUGUGUUGGCUCCCAUCAUCAACAUGCUGGAUAGCCACAGCCCUGCUACGCCCCUCAUUAUCUUUGGCACUUCGCCACUGCUGGGAGCUCUCCUGGCGCUGGCGCUUCCAGAAACGGCGGACAGACCACUUCCAGACACCCUGGAGGACGCAGAGAACUGGGACGUCAGGUCUGCUCCCGUUGAGGAGAUCUCUCAGAUGUGUGAUGAAGUUGGCCCGUUACCAAGCAGCACGGAGAAGAAGGAGCUGCUUCCUCUAGCGACCCUGACUUAACCGGGUGUGAAAGGACACAAAUGCUUUAUUAUCCGGCCGACAUUCAGUAAACAGUGGUUACCCUUACACUCUUUAUGCAAUUCCAUGUCAGGAUGUGAGAGUGAGCUCUAUGCAAGGAAGCCAAACAAGUUCAGCACAAGGUGUUCAUGCACGGCUGCACAAAGCAGGCAUUCACUCCACCUGCCGUGCAGGCCAUAAGAGGCCUACUGUUGUAGCAGAUUUAGGUCCCAACCAGCAUUCAGGAAUAGCUCUUUUGCAAUUUUUGCCAACCUUUCGUAACUUUGUACCUUUCACCUAAUUUUCUAACAUGUUGAUAAACAAAAAGUGCUGGAAAAAGUAUUCAAUCUGGAGAUUUUUCAGAUAUAAAACCUUUUAAUGAGCAGCAGCAGAACUGCAUCUUCCUCUCAAAUGUGGUUUAAAAACUCAAUGCUGACCAAGGAUCUUCUGCAUUUUUUACAAACAACUGCAUCUUCUUUCUGUGGUUAUAUUUUAAUGUUGCUUUGAUGGAAGUGGCAGCCGUGUAGACUCUUUUGUUUAGUAAAGGUUAAAUGCACGCAUUUACGUCUCGUGUAUCUCUGUCUUAACUUAGCGGUUGGCUGUCAUUUAAGAAAAUGAUGGAACCUUCUCUUAAUUUUGACCUUAGACAUCUUUUCUUCUCUAACUGAUUAGUAAAUGGUGAUUUGUAGAGACUUUAGGGGUUUAAGAAGGAGACUUCUCGGCUUCAGAGGCACCUCAGAUCUAUGCAGCUGCUCGGCCAAAACCUUCUUCAAGUCUGUUUUUUUACAGCAGGAAAGGUCUGGAGCCCUUCGCAGACUUCCAGUGUUAAAACCCACAGCAUGAAAGCAUGUCCUAUAGCUGCAUAUGUUCAUGUAACCAGAGAUACCAAUGCAAUGAUAACUUUUGAUAUUUUUUUUUAUUCAGGCGAUUGUCUUCCAGUCUAUUUAAAUGCAUCAAUUUUUUAAAGAACAAGUUGAAACAUGUCGACGUGUGACAGUGUAGUGAAGGCUGGAGUGCCUUUGUGUUUCCUGCAAUAAACUUAUGUGAUCAAAA